CAUUUCGCACUUCGCCACAUUCACACUCACUUUCAGAUAUGCGAUUUUUGAUUCUACUUUCUACAUUCCUAUUUAUUAAUUCUGCUCAACACAGUUUUGAAGACGACGAUGAAUUACCUUUCAAGACAGAUAAUUUUCCAACUUUACUCGACGAGUCCAAUUCGAAUUCAGGUGAAGAAAAAGAUGAACUAGCAAUAAGUUAUUCUGAUCAAGCGAAUACUCUGAAAAAUCGUUUGAAAAUGAAAAGUAUGUUCAACAAAAAUGGCCCGCCAGCUAUUGGAACCGAUUUAUUUUCAAAUGCUGCAAUUGAAGAAAAUGUCAAAAAACUUUCCUACGAAGGUUCCGGAGAAGCUGUGGAAGACCCCGAACCAUCAACUACAGUCGAUUAUUUCAACGCUGCCAACAAUUCUGCAGUGGAAGACGCUGUAGUUGAGUCAUCCUCGAAUUCAAGCACGCUAUACGAACAGAACACAAGUGACGCUCAAGUGGAAAUCAUUUCUGACAUUCUGUAUCAAAAAACUGAAGCUGAAGUCAAUGCCGUUCAGCCGGCAAUUCAAACGAAAUACGACAAGGAGGAUGAGGCGGUUGAGGAGAGCACCAAAUCGACAACUAUUCUGGAUUAUUCUGGAAAUGAUACAACUACCAAAGUCUCCUGCCCACCGCCUCCAAUUUGCGGGAAAAACUGUUUUGUAGCGUUAAACAAGAAUGGGUGCCAAGAUUGUCAGUGCUUAUGGCUAGCUCAAGACUGUGAGAACGAUGAGGAGUGUUCCGCGAGUAACCAGUAUUGUGAUUUGGGAAAGUGCAAUUGCCGAGAUGGUUAUCAACAGAAUAUGAGCAAAUCUGGAGUGUGUGAAAUUGAACUUUCAACGAAAGAUACCAAGUCGAAAAAUUCUAAGGAAAAAGCUAUACCUGAAAAUGAAUUCAAACGAAACAAAAGAGAAUCCAAACCACGACUAUCUGAACGACUCGAAUGGCCAGGCGUUUGUGAUAAGAACGAGCAGUGCCCGGACAAUUUAGUUUGUAUUCAUGGAGAUUGUUGGAGUAUUCCGGACAAAAUGCAACGACCACACAUUACGACACACAAAAUUCCUAAUGUGAUUAUUUCGAGAAAUACAGACGAGGAAGAAGAGGAAGAAGUCACUGAAGACGAAGAAAAAAGUGUAUCAUUUGGUACUGACGAAUUAAUGGAGCCUUCAACUCAAAGUACAACAGUUAUCACCACUACACCAAUAGUAAUUACGAGCCCGGUGACGGAAGUAUUGAAACGGGGAAUGGCUAGAUUUGUAUCAGAAGAUUUUGCAAAACAAUUACAACGGACUACCGCCAAAGUCAAAAAAUAUGAUUGGUUUCCGCCAACCACUACAGCAACAACACCAACUACACAAUUUUACAAGACAACAAGAGAAGUUCCUACGGCGCCUCCACUGACUAUUGAUCAUUUUUUCAUUAUUGAAACAACAUCUUCUCCUUCCCUCACUCCACGAAAAAUUGAAAAUGAUCACAAGUUGGAGUAUAUGAAAGAGAGGAAACCGAAUUUUCUUGGAGUGAAAGAAGAAGCUCUGGAAAUGGAAUACCCUGCGUCGUCUCAAUCGCAUAUAAAAAAGAUUCACCUGGAGAUGCCACCAACUCUUCUCCCACAUCGCCGAAAACCCAAAAAGAUGAAAACGACCACACCGAAUCCAGAUGAUGCGUCGGAAGUUGAAGAGAUGAAUAGUGUGGACGAGAUUGAAUUCCCGAUAUCUUCAAAAAUCCAGAACGGUUUCAAGAAGCCACGCGCUUUGAGUGCCGAACCAACACGAGAGGAAUUGAAAGACCACAAGAGUUUAGUUGAUUUAUUCAAUUCACACGCGGCUAAAGUUUCGGAAAAGGAUGAUGGUGAUGAUGUCAAGCCAAGUUUCGAGAUUUUGCAAACUUUUUUGAAUACAAGCCCGGAGCCGGAUACCGAUAUACUGGUGUCUCUGGCAACAGAAGACCCUUGGUCAACCACGAAAUUCUCCCCAGUCCCGGAGUUACCAAUUGAAGAUAAAAUAUUAACUGAACGGAAACCAUGGAUGAUCCACCAAGGAAAACUAUCCAACAUUGCUCCCUUAUCAAACAUCAGUGGUGAUAUGGCAUCUGACGACCCACCAGAGGUGACACCAGAGCCGGCACCUUUUCAACAGCACCAGAUGGGAGUUUGGUAUCCGAUGAAAAAAGGAGACAUUCCGCACCUGGGAAUAUUUAGUGGGGAGUUCAGAAGGGCUCCGUUGAAAAAAAUCAGAACCGCCAGUGACAUCAGGCUCUAUAAUGAAUAUACCAGAGCAAAUCGUCUCAAUAGACCAAUUAGAAUAGAAAUGGAUAAUGCUGCUGCUUACGUAAGGAACGAGUGUCAAACAGAUAGCAACUGUGGUAUUCAAACUGUAUGCUGCACGAAGAAAUGGUGCGACAGAAGUAAUAAUUGUGGUACCGGAAAGUUUUGUCUGACAAGUUGCUCGUCGACAAAACUUACCUUUUUACCAUCUGCAAAUCAUGCUGAAAGCGUAAUUGAUAUUAUGUAUGAUUAGGUUUAUAUUGCAAAAUUAGAAUAAUGUUGUUCAUAUUUAUGUCUGUGUGUACUUAUUAAUUAAAUGAAGAGUGGGGAACAAUAAAACGAAUCGGAAACGAAUUUAA